CCUGGGCUCCUCUUCCUCUGGCUAAACUUGGUGUCCGUUCCCGGCACAUCGAGGGGCCAACUGCUGUUCUCCUGGAAGAAGGGGUCCUCUUUGUGGAAAGGGAUGGAAAUGAAAGAUCCAAGUCUAGGUGGCCCCACAGUGGGGUUUUGUUUUUGUUUUGUUUUGUUUCAUUUUUGCUUUUAUCUUCCUCCCUGGAUCGCAAGCAGGAGGGAGCCUCCAGCCCUGCUGAGGCAUCCCCAUCCCCCUUUCUCUCCCCAAACUGUGCCACAUCAAGGGAAAAGGAAGAGGCUUAAAGCCAAGCGCUACCUUUCACCUUUUUCCUCCAGCCUCCUUGGCUCCUUUGAGCAAGAGGGCUAAGUGUCUGGAGGUACUCUCUGUGGUUUCAAAGAGGACUUUGCCUGAGGCUCUCUCUGAGGAAGUCCCCAGUUGCUUAACGAUGUUCAAUGUUCGAUGUUCGUGGAGGGAGUGAGUGAGUGCUGGCCCCCUCCGAAAGUACCGUAGGAACAUCGGUAUGGCCCUGAAACCUUACUCAAAUUAGUGUGUACCUGUUUUAUUAAAUAGUAUUUUUGUUUCUUUUUAGACCUGAUGGCUUUUCUUUUGAGUAAGUAAAUUUGCACUCAUGUAGCCAACCCUUUACUGUACAAAUACUUAGGGAAUAGACAGCCGCAUAGAACAUUCAAAGGCACGUUUUGUUUUGUUGAGGCAACUGCGUGGGUUCUUAUCCCCUUGUCCACUUAAGAGCUUUUCUUUUGUUUAAUGAGGGAAACCUCUCCAAGGAGGUAUCUCCCCCACAGCAGAUGUCCUUUCUGCUGAAGUUCACAGGUCGAAUUUGGGGAGCACAGUGGCUGAAGGUCAGAUGCCCACUAGGAGAUGCUAUGAUUAAUAUAGAGAGCAUGGACACAGACAAAGAUGACCCUCACGGAAGGUUAGAAUACACAGAGCACCAAGGAAGGAUCAAAAAUGCAAGGGAAGCCCACAGUCAGAUCGAAAAGCGGCGUCGGGAUAAAAUGAACAGUUUCAUUGACGAACUGGCUUCUUUGGUGCCCACGUGCAAUGCCAUGUCCAGGAAGUUAGAUAAACUUACUGUGCUGAGGAUGGCCGUUCAGCACAUGAAAACAUUACGAGGUGCCACCAACCCAUAUACAGAAGCAAACUACAAACCAACUUUUCUGUCAGAUGAUGAAUUGAAACACCUCAUUCUCAGGGCAGCAGAUGGAUUUUUGUUUGUCGUAGGAUGUGACCGAGGGAAGAUCCUCUUUGUCUCCGAGUCUGUCUUCAAGAUCCUCAACUACAGCCAGAAUGAUCUGAUCGGUCAGAGUUUGUUUGACUACCUGCACCCUAAAGAUAUCGCCAAAGUGAAGGAGCAGCUCUCGUCCUCGGACACGGCGCCCCGGGAGCGGCUCAUAGAUGCAAAAACUGGACUUCCAGUUAAAACAGAUAUAACCCCUGGGCCAUCUCGAUUAUGUUCUGGAGCACGACGUUCUUUCUUCUGUAGGAUGAAGUGUAACAGGCCUUCAGUAAAGGUGGAAGACAAGGAUUUCCCCUCAACCUGCUCAAAGAAAAAAGCAGAUCGAAAGAGCUUCUGCACCAUCCACAGUACAGGGUACCUGAAGAGCUGGCCGCCCACAAAGAUGGGGCUGGACGAGGACGGCGAACCCGACAACGAGGGCUGUAACCUCAGCUGCCUAGUCGCCAUCGGACGCCUGCAUUCGCACGUGGUCCCGCAGCCAGCGAACGGGGAGAUCAGAGUGAAGUCCAUGGAGUACGUGUCCCGGCACGCCAUAGACGGGAAGUUUGUUUUUGUAGACCAGAGGGCAACAGCUAUUUUGGCAUAUUUACCACAAGAACUUCUAGGCACAUCAUGUUAUGAAUAUUUCCACCAAGAUGACAUAGGACACCUCGCAGAAUGUCAUAGGCAAGUUUUACAGACGAGAGAAAAGAUUACGACGAAUUGCUACAAGUUUAAAAUCAAAGAUGGUUCUUUCAUCACACUGCGGAGUCGAUGGUUCAGUUUCAUGAACCCUUGGACCAAGGAAGUAGAAUACAUUGUCUCAACCAACACUGUUGUUUUAGCCAACGUCCUGGAAGGCGGGGACCCAACCUUCCCGCAGCUCACAGCGUCCCCCCACAGCAUGGACAGCAUGCUGCCCUCUGGAGAAGGUGGCCCAAAGAGGACCCACCCCACUGUUCCAGGGAUUCCAGGGGGAACCAGGGCUGGGGCAGGCAAAAUAGGUCGAAUGAUUGCUGAAGAAAUCAUGGAGAUCCACAGAAUAAGAGGGUCAUCACCUUCCAGUUGUGGCUCCAGCCCAUUAAAUAUCACAAGUACACCUCCCCCUGAUGCCUCUUCUCCAGGAGGCAAGAAGAUUUUAAAUGGAGGGACCCCAGAAAUUCCUUCCAGUGGCCUACUACCAGGGCAGGCUCAGGAAAACCCGGGCUAUCCAUAUUCUGAUAGUUCCUCUAUUCUUGGUGAGAACCCUCACAUAGGCAUAGACAUGAUAGAAAACGACCAAGGCUCAAGUAGUCCCAGUAAUGAUGAAGCAGCAAUGGCUGUCAUAAUGAGUCUCUUGGAAGCAGAUGCUGGGCUGGGUGGUCCUGUUGACUUUAGUGACUUGCCGUGGCCACUGUAAACACUACAUGUUGCUUUGGCAACAGCUACAGUAUCAAAGUGCAUUACUGGUGGAGUUUUACAGUCUGUGAAGCUUACUGGAUAAAAAGAGAACAGCUUUUAUGUACUGUCCUCAUAAAAGCCAUCUCAGAGCCAUUGAUACAAGUCAAUCUUACUAGUGUAACUUCAGACAAAGUGGAACUAAGCCUGCUCCAGUGUUUCCUCAUCAUUGAUUAUUGGGCUAGAUGUGGAUAGCUUGCAUUAAUUGUAUAUUUUGGAUUCUGUUUGUGUUGAAUUUUUUAAUCAUCGUGCACAGAAGCAUCAUUGGUAGCUUUUAUAUGCAAAUGGUCAUUUCAGAUGUAUGGUGUUUUUACACUACAAAGAAGUCCCCCAUGUGGAUAUUUCUUAUACUAAUUGUAUCAUAAAGCCGUUUAUUCUUCCUUGUAAGAAUCCUUUCCUAUAAAUAUGGGUUAAAGUAUAAUGUAUUAGACAGUUAAAUAUUUUUAAUAAAUGUUUCCCUUGUUCUAUAAAUACUGUUAAAAUCCUAUGUGCUGCAGGGCUGGAUCCAUUUUCUACCGUGGCUGUUUUAGGACAAUCCAUGCCAAUAACAUUUACAGUGCCUUUCUGGCCUUCAAUAACCGUUCCAGGACUUACACAAUUUCCCUGUUAGUAGCUAGCUGUGCUGUUAAAAUCGUUAAUCUCCAAAUUAUUGCAACUUUACGUGAGCAUAGUGAUGUUACUGCUUAAACACAAAUUUCAAAUUCUAUGAAAUUACAAAUUCAAGAUUAGGUGUAACAAAUGGACUUCUUUCCUACAGCAACUCUCCGCUCCCAGUAGUGUGACCCAAAGCACCUAAGUACUACCACUUCCUUCUUGAGUUGGGCCACAGAGUAUUUUUUUUAAAAAGCAUUUGCACAAAUAGUUUGCCAAGAAGAACAGUACAGUGUAAUGGACAAAACACUGAACCAGCGUCAGAAAUUGGGUUCUGAAACUUAAGGUUAUCCUAUAACCUAGUAAAGUUGUUUCACCCUUUCUUUUUUCAGUCAAACAUUACUGUGGAUUGG